UAAACCACAUAAUUCUAGUAAUCAGGUUUCUUUGAGUUGAGAAACCAGGUAGUUAAAAAAGAGAAUUUUAGAGGGGGAAUACCAAAAAUGAUUCUUGCUUCGCCUAUCCUUAACCCCAAACCUAAAUUUGGCGGCCAUUUCAGCAAAUCGCUUGCUAUAUCUUCCAACCCUUUGCUUCGCUGCUCCUUCUUCAGCACUAAAUUCAGUUCUACUCUUCUCAAGUGUCACUGCUGCACCCACAACAAAGAUACAGAUAAGUCCACUCAAGGGUUUUCAGUGUUGACAUCAGACAUCCCAUGGAAGACGGAGAGUUUAUGGAGCACCAUGGCUUUGUAUAUGUUCAAUUUGCACAUUCCUUUGGGUUUUGGUGGCCUUUCCAUUGUUUCUUAUCUCUUGCAUCAACCUGUCCUUGAUCCCCAGACUGAGGCACUAUCGUUGCUUGUAAUUGAUACUUUGGAACUGCUUGCUACUUUCUUUCUCCUGAAGAGCACCAUUAAGCCAAACAAUAGGCUUUUGGACAUUUUCAAAGUUAACCCGUUAGAAAGGAAUUGGUUAUUAGCAUCAGCACUGGGUUUCGGAGUACUUAUUUUGUUAGUUUUCCUUACAUCAAUUGUUGUUGAUGGAUUAUAUGGGAUAAAGGAUGUAAAUAAUCUGAUACUGAAGGAAAUGCUUGUAAGAAGUGACAUCUCCAAAGGUGCUUGUAUUACCGUAUACUGCAUCAUCACACCUAUCUUAGAAGAAAUGGUAUACAGAGGCUUCAUGUUGGCAUCUCUUGCCUCGACAAUGAAUUGGAAGCAAGCAGUUGUGAUUAGUGCCGCCGUCUUUAGUGCAGCUCACCUGUCUGGUGAGAACUUUUUACAGUUGUUUGUCAUUGGGUGCAUCCUUGGGUGCUCUUAUUGUGGAACUGGAAACUUGAGUUCUUCCAUUCUCAUACAUUCUUUGUAUAAUGCGUUCACAUUGAUUGUAACUUUUUUAUCAUAGAUAACAAGUUUGAUUUCUUCUCU